UUUUGCCCUGAGACCAGAUUUCCUCCUCUGGUUCCUGGGAGGUCGGAAGGAUGCACUCGCUCUUCAAGAAACGAAACAAGGGGAAAUACAGCCCUACGGUCCAGAAGAAGAGCAUUUCCAGCAAGGAAUUGGCGGAGCUGAUUGAAAAGCUACAGAAAAAUGCUGACCAGGUGGAGAGGAACAUCGUGGAGGCAGACACCAAAAUGCAAAAUGAUCUGCACAAACUUAAGGCCGGACAAGCUGCCCAAUUUAAAGAGUACACGUCAGACAAGGUGAUAGAAUCCGAUAAGCUCCUCUACGUCCUGGAUGGGGAUGCAGCGGUCGCGCGACACAUGAAACACCCGCAGGGGGAGAUGAUCACGGAGGACAUCCGGCAGCUGAAAGAGAGAGUGGCCAACCUGCGUGUGAAACACGACCAGAUUUACAACUUCACCCCGCAGGUGAUAGAACCGCAGGUGGACUGGUCCGCGGUGAUCGAUGAGAAGCAGGAGAAACUGCUCACCCAGGGCUUUGGAACCGACUUACCAUCUGUCAACACCCAGGUAGAGGAACACAACAUCUUCCACAACGAGAUUAUGGCGAUCGGACCCCACAUCAGCAAGGAGGGAGGCAAGGACUACAUGAGUGGGUUGCAGGCAAAAUAUCAGAAAUUACUGGCAAGAUCCCAGCAGAGGCAGCAGGAUCUGAACUCGCUGCAGGAUUACAUGCAGCGCUGCACCAACAAGCUCUACUGGCUCGAUCAACAGGCCAAGGACCGGAUGCAGUAUGACUGGAGCGAUCGGAACCUGGACUACCCCAGUCGGCGCCGUCAGUAUGAGAAUUUCAUCAACCGGAAGUUAGAAGAGAAAGAAGAAGCCGUCAAUAAGCUGCACAAAGACGGGGACAAUUUGCUGGCUCAGAACCACCCCGGGAAGAUCCCCAUCGAGGCUCACAUGGAGGCCGUCCAUGCUGACUGGAAGGAGUACCUCAACCUGCUCAUUUGCGAGGAGAGCCACCUCAAGUUUAUGGAGGACUACCAUCAGUUUCAGAAAGAUGCUAAAGACGCCCAGGACCUUCUCCGGAAAGUGGACACAGACCUGGAUCAGAAGUUCAGCCCAGAUUUCAAGGACAGAUUCCAGAUUGAAUCCUUGCUCCGAGAGGCACAGGACCAAGAGAAGGCCUUGGACAAGUACGAGGAUGUGGUGAAGUCCUUGCAGAAGCGCAGCCAGCAGGUGCUGCCGCUGAAGUAUCGCCGGGAGACGCCCCUCAAGCCCAUCCCGGUGGAAGCAGUCUGUGACUAUGAAAACGAGAAGUGUCAGAUCGCUCGCGGAGCCACCUACCUGCUGCAGAAGAACAACGGUGACCUCUGGGAGGUGACGGACAAUGUGGGAAGCAUCAUCACCGCCCCUGGUGUCUGCUUCAUGAUCCCUCCUACGGAUCCAGAAUCGCUGGCCUUUACCGACAACAUCGCCGGUCAGUAUCAGAGUGUGAAGCAGAAGACAGCUGGCACCAAAACCCUCCUGCAGCAGCGGCACGAUGGCCUGAAGGCAGACAGCAUUGGAGAUGCAGCGUCUGUCCAAGGGCGGCAGCUGCUAGCCGGGCUGGAGAAAGUGAACAGUGAGUUGGAGAAGCAGGAGAAGGCCAUCACGGCAAACCUGCGUCCUCCACUGGAGCAGAGCCGGGCGGUGCAAGACAGUGCCGAGCGUUCCAAGGAGCUCAAGAAUAUCACUAACGAGCUCCGGCGCAUCGAGCCCGAGAAAGCGUACAAGGUCAAAGACUGCGAAGCCUUCGCCGAAUCCGUCCCGGAUACGGGAAGCGCCACGUUGAUCAAGAACCGGGCACAGGAAACCAGCAACAAGUACAACCAUGUGGUCCAGCUGCUGAGUGCUGCUCAAGAAAAAGUCGAUGUGGCCAAUCGCCUUGAGAAGAGCCUCCAGCAGGGAAGAGACCUGCUUUCCGGCUAUGAAAACAAGCUGGCCAUUGAGGAUACGAUCCCCGAGGACAUCCGAGGCCUGGACCGCAAAGAAGAGGAGCUGCGGAUCCUGGGUUCUGAGUUGCAGGCCCAGCAGCCCCUUCUGAACGAGGCAGAGCAAGAUUUGCAGAGGGCCAAGAAGUGCUCCAGCACCCUGGCCAGCCGGUUCCAGGAGCACUGCCCGGACAUCGAGCGCCAGGAGGCCGAGCUCAACAAACUCAACCAGCGGUUCAGCAAUCUCAGCAAGCAGAUUGAUCACAGGUCUCAGAUCCUCCAGAGAGCCAAAUCGGCCUAUUCUGACUACCGCGCCGGCUACGACGACCUGAGCCAUUUCCUUUCCAACGUGCCCAAUUACGAGCCGCAAGAAACUGACAGCGUCUCCAGUGUGGAAAACAAGCUGAAGAAUCAAAGGGCACUUCUGAGAGAAAUUGCAAGCAAAGAGAAAGACGUCCAUCGGGUCUCGGCGGAUGCUCAGCGCUACCAGCAGGCAGUGAAGGACUACGAGUUAGAAGCAGAGAAGCUGCGAUCCAUCCUUGACCUGGAGAAUGGGCGCAACGGGUUCAUGAGCAAGAGACCCAGGCUUCAGUCCCCUGCUUUGAAAGUGAAAGAGGAGGAGGCUCACCUGUCUGCAAAGUACACAGAAGUGAAUGCUAUCAACAAGCAGAGACUACAGAACUUGGAGUUUGCCCAGAACCUCCUGAGACAGCAGCCAGACGGCUACGUGACGCAGGAGUCGGUCCAGACCAGUCGUUCCGAGAGGCCGCUGGAGGAAAUCUGGAAGUUGAAGAAGGAGUUGGACGACGAGAGCCAACGGCGGCAGCAGCUGGAAGCGGAGAUCAAGGCCAUCCAGGAGAACAUCCUCCUCCUGCAGAACCAGAAGCCGCAGGAGUCCGUGCUCAGGAAGGAGGUCGUGAAAAAGGUGCCCGACCCGCAGCUCGACGAGAGCUUCCACAAGAUGCAGCAGAACCUGGCCAAGGAGCAGCGCAGGAACCAGGCGCUGCAGGAUGAGGUGGAAGGCCUGAAGCUCAAGCUGCGCAUACUGGAGCACGAGAAGAAAGCGGGCGGGCAGGAGUACGUGGUCAAGGAGGUCCUGAGGAUCGAGCCUGACAGAUCACAGGCGGAGGAGAUCUUGAAGCUGAAAGAGGAACUGGAGGAACUCAAGAGGCAGGAGGGGUCCCGGGAGAACGAGAUGGCCAUACUGCACCGGCAGGUGUGUGCUCUGUCCGAGGAGAAGAACGCCAAACUGGAGAAGGUGACUGAGAGGGAAGUGGUGAAGCUGCAGAAUGAUCCUCAGCUGGAGUUGGAGUACCAGCAGCUGCAGGAGAGCAAGCAGAGGGAGAGCACGUUGAGGCAGCAGCAGGAGGAAGAACUGCACUUCCUGCAGGACAAGCUGAAGCGGCUAGAGAAGGAGCGGGCCAUGGCUGAGGGCAAGAUCACCGUCAAAGAAGUGCUCACGGUGGAGAAGGACCUAGCGAUGGAGAGGGAGGUGAACGACCUGCGGCGCCAGUAUGAGGAAGAGAAAGCCAAAGGGCGCUCCAACGAGCGGGAGAAGGCUGAGCUGCUUCGCAAGAUCCAGGCCUUGGAAGUGGAGAACGCCAAGGUGAUUAUCCAGGAGAAGGUACGGGAGAUCGUGCGGCCGGAUCCCCAGGCAGAAAGCGAAGUGGCUAACCUCCGUCUGGAGCUGGUGGAGCAGGAAGGGAAACUGCAAGGUGGGGAGGAGCAGCUGAAGGUCUGCCAGAGCGAACUGGCUGCUCUGCGGAACAGAGGACCCCAGGUGGAAGUCCAAGAGGUUAUCAAGGAAGUCAUCAAGUACAAGAACGACCCGGAGACGGAGAUGGAGCUGCAGCAGCUCAGGGAUGAGAUCGUGGAUCGUACCAGAGCCAUAGAAAGGGCUGACCUGGAGAUCUACCAGCUGAAGCAGGAGAUUGAGAUGCUGAAAGAUGCCCAGCCUCAGGUCCAAGUGAAGGAAGUGAUCCAAGAAGUGCUGCAGUACCGGGAAGACCCGCAAACGAGAGAAGAGGUGGAGUCCUUGAGGGCUCAGCUGGCCGAAGAGCAGCGGAAGCACAUGGACCUGGAGAGGGACCGGAAGCGGCAGGAAGAGAUCAUUCGGCAGAAGGAGGAGGAACUCUCCCAGGUGAAGGAGAAGGUGGUGCAGCAGGAGGUGGUGAAGCUGGAACAAGACCCUGCCCUGAAAGCCGAAGUCACCUCCUUCUCCCAGAGCAUAGAGAAGGAGCUCAACCAGAUUGACACACUCCGGGGCGAGAUGCGCAAACUGCAGCGGAGACGUUCUGAGCUGGAGAGGCAACUGGAGGAGCUGGAGAAGGAGCGGCAGGCCCGCAGAGAGGCCGAGCUGGAGGUGCAGAGGUUGAGGAUCCGGCUGAACGAGCUGGAGGAGCAAGAGAGGGAGACCACCGAGCGGGUCACUGUGAAGCAGAAGGUGAUCCUCCAGCAGGACCCUCAUCAGGAGAAGGAGCAUGCCUUGCUCAAGUUGGAGUUGGAGGAGGAGAAGCACAGGAGGCAGUUCCUGCAGGCGGAGCUGGAAGCACUGCGGAAGAAGCUCCAAACCCUGGAGAAGAUGGAGGUCAAGGAGAAGGUAGUAGUCUCUGAGAGCGUUCAGGUGGAUAAAGGGGACAGCGAGUUUGAGAUCCAGAAGCUGAAGAACAACCUGGAGGAAGAGAGCCGGCGGAAGAUGGAGCUUGACGCAGACAUCAACAGGCUGGAGGCCAAGUUGUCUGAAGUGGAGUUCAACAACUCGAAGUCUUCCAAAGAGCUGGACUUUUUGAGGGAAGAAAACCACAAGCUGCACUUGGAGAAGCAGAACCUCUUGCUAGAGACCCGGAGGCUGCAGUCUGAGAUCGAGCUCACCAUGACGGAAGCCCGGGAUUUACGGAACAUGUCGCAGGUGGAGAGCAGCCUAAAUCUGGACUCUCGCUUCCAGUCGUUGGAACGAGAACUGGAAGAUCUGAAGAGCCUAUCUCGAGAGAAGGACGAAGAAAUUGAACAGCUCCAAAACCGCCUCCAGACCGUGGCCAUCAAGAGAGAACAGCGAGAGAAUCACUUGAGGCGUUCCAUCGUGGUCAUUGACCCAGACACCGGCAAAGAGAUGUCCCCCGAGGAAGCCCACAAAUUCGGUCUGAUCGAGUGGAGCCUCUACGUCAAGCUGAAGAACCAAGAAUGCGACUGGGAAGAGAUCACUGUCAAAGGGCCCAACGGGGAGUCUUCUGUCAUCCUCGAUCGGAAGUCUGGGAGGAAGUUCUCAAUCGAAGACGCCUUGAAGAGCGGAAGGCUAACCCCUGCUCAGUACGACAGUUACCUGAACAAGGAGAUAUCCAUUCAGGAGUUGGCACUUUUAGUGUCCGGACAGAAAUAGCUCGCUUUCUUCUCCAAGAGAAAAGGGGGAAGGGGAAAAAAAACUGUUUUGAAGCAGUCAGCGGCCUGAAGCUGCACCACUUGUUACAAACUCAGCCAUUUGCUGCCUAUUGCCUGCCUCGCAGGGGUU